AUUAUCCUUAGCCAAUAGCUGCAGAGAAUAGACUGAUACGUCAUUAUAUGUAUGGACAGAAAUAAGGUAUCUAUCUAUGAGAAGACUUAAUGUUUCAUUGUUGAACGAUGAAUACAAUAAUGAAUUUAAUUUCUGUUGUGCCAUUUCUACUUUUUGCAGUUGCAGGCAGUAGACACAUGCGGGAGUUGCAAGAAAUGUUCUCAAUGUGCCGCAGUUCUCUAGAUGCUUAUUCCACUACAGAUUGUCAACGUGCACAGAAUAUUCAUUUCUGCACUGAAUUGCUCAAUGGGCGAAUAGGAAGUCGUGGAAACCAAGAACUUGAUCGCCUGAAAUGCACGGAACCAGUUAAAAGCUGUAAAACAAGUAACAUUCAGGGAUGUAUGCAGAGAAGAAUGUAUAUGAAGAGUUCAUGCAGGUCUCUUAAAAUGAUGAAAGAUUGUUUGUAUCGACAAAAGUGUACCGAGCAUUAUCAACUGUUCGAAAAUUACUACACAAAUAGUUGCCUUAACAUUACUUGUUACACGAGGCAUGUAAUGAUCUGUGAUGGUUCACCAGCAGAUGACACUAUAGAAGGUAUAUGUCGGAAUCUGGAGGAGGAAUAUCAAUGUGUUUUAAAGAAACGAAUUUAUCCUAACAACGUAUGUAAAAUGCCAGUUCAAUGGGAGACAGAUUACGAAAGCAACACUUGCGAACAUCCUUGUUAUAAUAUUUCAAAACCAAAUUUGAGUCGUUUGCCAGAUGAAUAUAAGUGCAAAGCAUUGAACUCGUAUAAAUCAAAUUUAGACAGUUUGAAUUGCAAGAUGCCAGAUGACAUGGAAAAAGAAUAUAAGUCUUCAAAAUGCGACACUUAUUGCAACAGAGAGAAAAAGUGCAUUAUAACGAUAUCUUACGGAGAUAGCAGAAAAUUAAAUUGCCAUGGAUUAUCAGUUGGCAUUAAGUGCUUGGAGACUGCUAAAUGUCCUGUAUCACAGUAUAUCCAUGAUGCUUAUGCUUUUUAUGGGUGUGAUUCCAGUUGCAAUGGCAAUGUAUUGACUGAGUGUAUGGCUAUAUUAAAAGAGCCACUAAACAGCACAAGGGAAGAGCUAUGCGGAUAUUUUAGAGAAGAACGUGGAUGUUAUGACAAAGCCAAGUGUGAGAUGAGUGAUCUGUAUAUGAAACUUCUGGAAUGUAGUGGCGCUGCAAGUCGGAAUACAAUGUUCGCCGUUAUAAUUCCGGUUUUAUUAGCGGUUCAGAUGCUAGAGAAAUAUAUUUCUCUUUUCUAAACACCAAUAUUAUUGAUAACCAAGAGAGUUAUAUAUACAGGCAUAUAUAUAUAUAUAUAUAUAUAUAUAUAUAUAUAUAU